AUCAGCAGGGGAGCAGGGAGAGGGUCUGCAGACAGACAUGAGCACAGACCCCUCUGUGCCACCAGGGAGCUGGACAUCCAGGCUGUUGUAUGACUUUUUCGAAGUUGGACGGAGAUUAGAGCCUGUUAGUAAGUCAUCUUACAGAACCAUUGAAGAUGAACUUGGACGGGAAUAAGAUGACUGAGAGGAUCCUGGAUCUAACGCUGAAGAUCAUCUACCUGCUGACUGGAGAGGAUUACAUUGUUGCAAAAAGAUCUGGUGAGCCUGUACUGCAGAACGGUCUUCAUACUUCAGAAAGUGUCCGCAAAACUCCAAGCUCCAGCACGGUGCCUCCACCUCACUCACUGAUAAAUGAGAGAAACAAUGACCAGAAGAUCCUGGAACUGACCAAUCAGAUCAUCCAGCUGCUGACUGGAGAGGUUCCUAUAAGGUGUGAGGAUGUCACUGUCUAUUUCUCCAUGGAGGAGUGGGAGUAUCUAGAAGGACACAAGGACCUCUACAAGGACGUGAUGAAUGAAACUCACCAGCUGAUCAGUUCACUAGGUGGAUCUGUGGACAGAUCUACAGAUGCUGGAUAUCAAAGCCCCCUUACUGUCGCAAAUUGUCUACAAGAAGAGAACAUGAAAAGUAGCCUCACCAGAACAUAUCCCAGAACAGAUGAUCCAUGGGAGGUACAAUGGAAAUCUGCUAAAUGUGGAACGGAUGAAUCAACCUUCGCUAAAGUUAAUCUCUCUGACCUGUGUAUACCUGUAGAACAGUCACCUACACAAAUUACAGAAGAAUCUGCCCUGUCUGAAGAAGAAGAUUUCCCAGAAGCUAAUAUCUGUGCCACCACAGACCACACACAGGCAGAAUAUACAGUUACAUAUAUCAAAGAGGAAUAUGUAUCUGAUGAAGGUGAUUUCUCAGACACAGAUAGUUAUACACUCACCAGAUAUGCACAGUCAGACUAUACAGCUACUCGUGUUGCAGAGAAACUGUCCGAAUGCGAAGAAGGAAAUUUCACUGACAUGAACAGUUAUAUGCCCCCUGAAAAUAGACAGGGAGAACAAGCAUCUCCUCUAUUGUCUUUUGCAAAUUGGCAGUUGCCUGAGUCAAACUGUGAUUUUUUUCCUUCAUCAUCAGCUUGUUCUGCACAGGAGAAAUAUUUUAUGACUUCAGCAGAUCUUAAUAAGGAUCAAAUGAAUAACACGGGUGACAAACCAUAUUCUUGUCGUGUUUGUGGAAACGUGUUCACACGUAGAUCAAAUCUUCUUGCACAUCGAAAGAUACACACAGGGGACAAACCAUUUGCUUGUCCUGAAUGUGGAAAAUGUUUUUCAGUACACUCAAAGCUGCAUACACACCUGAAGAUUCAUUCGGGAGUAAAGCCAUUUUCCUGCUCCGAAUGUGGAAAAAGUUUUAUUUUUAAGUCCAACCUCACCGAACAUCAGAGGAUUCAUAAAAAAGAAAAUGCGUUUUCUUGUUCUGAAUGUGGGAAGUGCUUUACCUUUAAGUCAAAUCUUACUAGACAUCAGAGACUUCAUGCGGGAGAGAAACUGUAUUCCUGCACAGAAUGUGGUAAAGGUUUCAAUCGUCCUUCGUGUCUUGUGACACAUAGAAUGACCCACACAGGAGAGAAGCCAUUUUCUUGUUCUGAAUGUGAAAAACGAUUUCGAACUCAUUCAUGUCUUAUUAAACACCAAAGGAUACAUAUAGGAAAAAACCUGUAUUGGUACAACAAUAACUCAAGCUUGUGGAAGACGAAGUACCAGGAGCUUAAGAUGGACAUGAAGAAGACAAUGACAGAACUUAAGAAUUCCUAUUUGGCUUUAGAUAAAGGAAAUGGAGUAGGGCUUGGAAUACUGCUUGUAGCUCCAAGACAUUUGAAGAUUGAUGAAAAAGUUGAUUCUUCCAUAAACCUUGGACAUGAUGGAGAUUCUGAUGUGCUCCCCAACCUGAUUGACAAGCAUCUGUGGUCAAGACUCAAACUAAUGAAAAUGUUAUUUCAAUCCCUAAAGGGCUGCAACAAUUUUUUCAAAAUCGGUACAGAAAAUAAAGACCACAGCUGUUUUUUUGUACAUUUCAAUGAUAUGGAAAAGGUUAAUCAAAACCGGAAUGAGGUAACUGGGGACAUCUUGGAUAUCACCCUGGAGAUCAUCUACCUGCUGACUGGAGAGGAUUACAUUGUCGUGAAGAGGCCUGGUGAGCCUUUACUACAAAGCAUUAGACCACUUGUGUUAGAAGGAUCUUGGAGGAGCCAGAGUCCUCACUCACUGAAACACGAGAAAAACAAUGAGAAGAUCCUGGAACUGACCAAUAAGAUCAUCCACCUGCUGACCGGAGAGGUUCCUAGGUAUGAAGAUGCCACUGUCUGUUUCUCCAAGAAGGAGUGGGGGUGUUUAGAUGGACACCAGAUUCAAAACAAGGAUGUGUCGAUGGAUAAUUACCAGCCUCUCCAGUCACUGGGUGACUCUGUGGACAAAUAUACAGAUAAUGGGUAUCACAAUGCAUUUUCUGUAGAAAACUGUCUCACCGAGGGAAAGGUUAAAAUGAAAACCAAAAGGAAAUGUGAGCCCUUCAAGGAUAUGAAAUCUGUUAAACAUAGAGAAGGUGAAUUUGCCUUCACAGCUGAAAGUUCCUCAGACAGUGAUAUUAAUACGCAGACUGAACAUUUGUCUGCUGAUGUUAAGGAAGAAUCUGCUUCAUGUGAAGAAAGAACUCUCACAAACAUUGACACAACAACAAAACAAAUCAAUACAGGAAAGACAUCUAGCCAUCGAAAGGUAGAAUCAACCACACCUGAAGAAGGAAAUCUCAAUGACCCCAAUAUAGAUACGUAUUCUUCUCAUGUGAAGGCAGAAACCAUUUCACAGGAAAAGGAAAAGCUCUUAGACACUGACAUUAAUACACGCACAGAACAUACACAGACCCAAUAUUUAUCUAUUCAUAUUAAGGAGGAAUCAUUCUCAAGUGAUGAAGGAAAUCUUAUGGACUCCGAUCAGUCAGAGAUAGAAUAUAAAACUGUUCUUAUUAAGGAGGAAUCUGACUCCUAUGAAGAAAUAAAUCUGACAGACCCUGACAUUUAUUCACCCUCCAAACACACACAGGAUGAAGAUACAUACACUCAGAUUUCUGAGAACUUAGAUUGUAAUACUCCUUGGAAUUCAACUGAUUCAGAUAAGACUUUGCUUAAUUCCGGAAAAUAUUGUACGGCUACCUCAAGUAGAGCAUCACAACAAAAAUGUCACACAGGGGAGAAACAAUUUUCUUGUCCUGAAUGUUUAAAGUGUUUUACAACCAACUCAAGUCUGAUAGCACAUCAAAGGAUUCACACAGGAGAGAAAAGAUUUUCUUGUUCUGAAUGUGGAAAAUAUUUUACUGCCAAGUCAAGUCUUCGUGCCCAUGAAAGGAUUCACACAGGAGAGAAAAGGUUCUGUUGUUCCGUGUGUGGGAAACGUUUUACAGCUAGCUCAUGUCUUAUUGCACAUAAGAGGAUUCACACAGGAGAGAAACCCUAUGCUUGUUCUAUAUGUGGGAGAUGUUUUACAACUAAUUCAAGUCUUUUUACACAUCAAAGGACACACACAGGAGAGAAACCAUUUUCUUGUUCUGUAUGUGGUAAAUGCUUUACAACCAACUCAGGCCUUAUUACACAUCGCAGAAGUCAUACAGGAGAGAAACCAUUUUCUUGUGCUGAAUGUGGAAAAUGUUUUUCGAAAACCUCAAAUCUCAUUGCACACAAAAGGCUUCACACAGGAGAGAAACCAUUUUCUUGUGCUGAAUGUGGGAAAUCUUUUAUAAGCAAGGCCUACCUUAUUAUACAUGAGAAGAUCCACAUGAGAGAAAAACCGUUUUGUUGUACAACAUGUGGGAGAAGUUUCAGCCAGAAGUCAGCUCUUUAUAGACAUCAGAGGAUCCAUGCAAAUGAUAAUUAUCUUCCUCACAGUGAAAAAACUACUUGAGGAAGAGAUUAGAAUUUUACAGAUUCCAUUUCACCCACUUGCAAAAAAAAAAUAAACAAAUUGAAAAAAAGACAAAUGUUUCUAGACAAGUUAUUGAAUGUGCAUGCUUCCAUUUUGCACGUUUAUGUACCUAAAUAAAUUGAGAAACCUGUUAUCCCUUUAAAUUAUUGGAUAUUUACAGAAUGUGGAUAUGUAGAUGAAUGCAUAUUGGAUAUUUGUCUGGUGUCAUCGAUUCUGUAUAUGAAAUCCUAGCCUAGCAAAAAAAAAAAGUGAAAGUAUUAAAUUGUCUAAAAACGUGCAUGUUUGCAUUUUAUCAAACUACCUGUUUAAAACUUGUCCACAAUUACAACCCUUUACAGAUCUGUACAGGUAGAGAAAUUCAGAUUGGAGUGCAUUAUCUUUUAUCCUGUUUAAAAAAAAAAAAAAUGCAAGGAAAUGU